AAAAAAUAUAGUUUGAGUUAAAUUUGCGUAUAUUUAUGCCCUUUAUUUUUUGGCUUAAAAUAUACAUGUCCCUAAUUUCCCUCUCUUGUGUUCAACGCUCAAAGAACCAACUCCAUCUUAAGAUAUUGGUCUUAGUGUGUUUGUGGCUUGCAUGGAAGAAAUCAAACCUUGAUAUAUAUCAUCCUUCCAAAAUCUUAUAAGCCAUGGAGUUGAAGAACCAAAAAUCAAGAUAUAAGAGGUUAAGCAAUUGGUUCACCACCAAACAAAAGGAAAAUAAGCCAUCAUUAAGUUUGUAUGAAAUUGAAGAUAUAGUUGAAGAUGAAAGUGAUGAAUAUGGGGAACUUGAUUCUUGCAUUUCAACAAAUAAGCUAAGGAUAUUUGUUGGUACUUGGAAUGUUGCUGGAAGAUCUCCUGUGGGAAGCUUAGCUGUUGAUUUGGAUGAGUGGUUAAAUCUCAAGAAUUCUGCAGAUAUAUAUGUUCUCGGGUUUCAAGAGAUAGUACCUUUGAAGACCUCAACAGUAAUAGGGGCAGAAGAUCCAUCAGUGGCAACAAAUUGGAAUAAUCUUAUAGGAAAAACCCUAAACAACAAAUUUGAUUUCCCAUGGUUAACACCUAUGUUAAAUUCAUCCUUACCAAAUGAUCAAGAAAAUUAUCAAAACAUUGGAGGAAAUGAAACCAACAAAAAUAAGUACAAGAUGGUAGCUAGUAAAAAAAUGGUUGGAGUAUUCAUAAGUGUAUGGUUAAAAGAACAAGUGUUGGAAAAAUAUUGUGUUUCAAAUGUGAGAGUUUGUUCAGUUGCAUGUGGUGUUAUGGGAUAUUUAGGAAACAAAGGUUGUGUUGGAGUUAGUAUGUUGAUUGAAGGAACAAGUUUUUGUUUUGUUGUUGCACAUUUAGCUUCGGGGGAAAAGAAAGGUGAUGAAGGUAGAAGGAAUCAUCAAGUUGAAGAAAUUUUUAGAAGAACAUCUUUUCCUAGGACCACAAAACAUCAUCAACAUUAUCCUCUAACAAUCUUAGGCCACGAUCGUAUAUUUUGGUUUGGGGAUCUCAACUAUAGACUAUACUUGAAAGACCAUCUUGCUAGGCAUCUAAUUAGAAAACAAGAUUGGAAGGCUUUGCAAGAGUUUGAUCAACUUCAAAAAGAGUUAGCAGAAGGUGGAGUUUUUGAGGGUUGGAAAGAAGGAAACGUUGAAUUUGCCCCAACAUAUAAAUACUCAUCUUCCACUAGCAAUAUCUAUUGUGGUGGUGGCCUUCCAACUAGGUCAGGAGAAAAGCAAAGAACACCAGCAUGGUGUGAUAGAAUUCUAUGGUAUGGUAAAGGAGUAGAACAACUUUACUAUAUUAGAAGUGAAAGCAAGUUCUCUGAUCAUCGUCCAGUUUCAGCACUUUUCUCUACACAUAUUGAAAUCAAAUCAUCCAGCAAAGAACUUGUGGAAAUGCAUAAUAUCCCUCCAACAAUUUUGCAAUCCAAUCAUGGGGUGAACAAAGGAGAAGAAGAUGAAAAUUUUACCUCACUUUCAAUGUUAAUGAAGAAUGUAAAAGGCUGCUAAUAAUUAAAGAUGAUAUAUGUGUUUAGUCAUGUUAUAUGGUCAUUAGAAAAAUGACAAAAAAAAUUGGUUUCCUAAAAUCCAACAAAUUUUGUUUGGAGAUCUAAAUUUUAGAAAGGUUAAGAUUUGACUGUAGAAUUUGGUAAAUACAAUUGUUGUGGAGACUGAAGAUGGAUUUUGUAAUAUUAUUGUAAAUUAUACAAAUGCUUGUCAUUCAAAAUAUAUCUUAAUUCAAAAUAUGUAAGAAACUAUGUAAAUUAUACUAAGAAAGAA